ACAUGGGUACUCCACAGAAAAUGCAACACUACAUGGAGCGACAUCGCCUCAGCUCACUUUUUGAGGAUUUGAUGAAUAAAGUUUUACAUGACCAGCCAGAAAAGCCUUUGAUUUACAUGAUUAAGGUCUUGUAUAAGAAGGCAGGCAUGGACAUACCUACAGAUUUGAAACUGGCAGGUGUAAGGAGAAGCUCACCAGAAAGAAUAAUGCAACGUAGUAAAAGUCCCGAAAUGACGAGGAAAGCAGCAACACAAGCCUGGACUUCCAAAUCAGUUGAUGUGUCAAAUAGAGGCUAUGAGAAACCAUGGCAGACUCACAGCAAAAAGCCCAAGGCAAAGGAAGUGGAUCAUGAGGAACCAACUAAACCUGGAAGAAAACAAAAACCACCAGGUUGGAAUGCUGAUAAUAAAGUUGGAUUUUCUUCAUUUGAUGAAAUGUUUGAAGAUACACCAGGGAAGUCUGGUAGUUCUAAACAGAAGAAGAAGACUGAUCCAUUCGCAGGCGAUAUCGGGAAGGCUUGGGCUUCAACAGGACUGGUUUGUGAUGACGAUAAUGUACAAUAUCAAUCCAACAAGUAUAAAGGGCCAAGGACAAACAGGAAAGAUGACGAUGACCCACUAGCUGGGGAAAUCAUGAAUGAAAAAAAGCAAAAUAUCACUGAAGAAACAGUGAAAAUUGCCAAUACAAGUCGUGUGCGAGGCCGUCAUGUUGAUGCAAAGUCACAUCGCAAAGAAUUGGAACAAAUGAUCACUGAAGAAUCGAAAGAUGACUCCGGCUACGGAGAGGUGGAGAUGGAUAAUGAACAGGAUGAUGCCAUAGAAUUAUUAGAGGACGGGGAGGAACUACGCAAAGAAGGUGCUCGAAACAUAUCAAAAACAGGGUAUAAACUAAGUCGGAUCAUGAGAGAACGACAGCAAGAAGCCAAUGUAAAAUUAAAUAUAAAUCUUUACACAGGGCCUCAGCCCACAGACAGCUUUGUAGCAGAUACUCUGUAUGAAGAUAACCAGGAACGGUACUACGAAUCUGAUGAUGAUCGACCUCCAACAGGUCUGUCAGGAUAUCGAGACUCACCAGGUGAUAGUGAUGUUGAUGAUGAAUUUGAAAGUGUUUCACAAGUCACAGGCCCUAGAAGACCAGUGUGGAAUGUAAUGGAUUCUGAUGGAGAAUCUUUUAUUCCCAAGGCUUCCAAGACUCUGCCGGAGCCUUCUCGAUCAAGAUCAUCUAAAACAGACAGAUUUGCAUCAUCUGUACCUUCCAAGGCGUAUGCCAGUCAGUCUAUGGAGAGUGCUGAUUCCUUUUUACAGGCAGGCAAAACUUGGACCCCAGGAAGGGAGACAGAGAGGAAGGAUGGUCCAGACAGCAUUGUAGGUGAUUCCCUCAAGUCUGAUCGAGGAGGCUGGUCUCUUCCUAAAUAUGAAUCUGAUGCUAGCAUACUAGACUGGUCAACCACAGGAAAAUCUGUAGAUAGAGGAAAACAUCCUAAAGCCUAUUGAUGACAUACAGCAGAGAGGAAUGUUCCACUGGUCUAAUGAUGUACCAGUAUCUGUAGGAAGGACACUUUAUUGUUGCUGCUACGUUUUAGCCCACAUGGCCCAAGCUGACGCUGUGGUGCUGCAUUCGUCCAGAGUCAACUUUUCCAUUUGAACAACUUCUUCUCAAUAACCAACAGAUGAAAUGUCAUGAUAUUCGGCUAGUAGGUUGCAGUGAUGAAGCCUGACAAAGUUUGCAGAAAAGAAAUGACCUUGACCCAUAUUCAAAGUCACAGAAGUCAAACUUUCUAAUAUAACUUCUUUUGAUUAACUGAAAGGUGCAGAAUCAUGGUAUUUGGCUGAUAUGUUCCUAGUUUUAAAGUCUAUGAUGUGACAGACUUUGUCCAAGGAAACGACAGGAUUACUUUUAUUUGUAUAUUGCGAGGAAACCUUACUGUAAAUUUGUCUACAUUUCUAACACUAGGAACACUUUUCAUGCUUUUUUUUUUGUCUGUAAAAUAUAAAUAAUAUUUGACAUUAUGAACACUUGUCAACUACUGUAAUAUACUUUGUUAAUUAAUCAAAUUAUCUUCCAGUAUAUAUGAACUGGUGUGAAUUAUGUAAAAAAAAAAAAAAAACAUGCAAAUUUCAACUUUAAAGUUAAAAUCUAUU